AUGGCAACAGAGGCACCUCCAGUGGAGGGCAAGGCCUCAUCGAACCUCCCAAACUCGGUUCCUUUCUGGCGACUAGUAACCGAGCCUGGAGUGGUCACCCAAGCAGUGGUGGACCAUUUCUAUGAAGGAUCUGGAACAGAUGAGGAUCCUUAUGUUGUGAACUGGCUGCCAAAGGACUUUCGAAACCCGCUUCAACUCAGCACACCGAUGAAAUGGUCCAUCACUAUGGUGGCCGCCAUGGAGACCCUCGUUGUGGCUCUUGUAUCCUCCGCCUAUACAGGUGGUAUCGCGCAGAUUGAGGAACAAUUCGUCACAACCACCGAGAUCGCAACCCUGGGAGUAUCUCUAUAUGUGCUUGGAUUUGCAUUGGGUCCCUUGCUCUGGGCUCCUAUGAGUGAAAUGUUUGGUCGCCAGGCAGUCUUCAUCGGUACCUACUGUGGUUUGACCAUCUUCUGUGCCGCAACCACAGGAGCAAAGAAUAUUCAGUCGUUGAUCGUGUUUCGCUUCCUAGCCGGUGCAUUUGGCUCAUCCCCAUUCACCAAUUCGGGUGGUGUGAUUGCAGAUAUGUUUGCUGCCCGAGAGCGAGGCUUGGCACUAUCUGCCUUUGCAUUAGCUCCUUUCCUCGGCCCGGUUAUCGGUCCAAUCAUUGGUGGCUUCCUGGGUAUGAAGGCUGGGUGGAAAUGGGUCAUGGGUCUAUUGACCAUUCUCUGUGGUGUGAUGUGGUUCCUCGGCGCUGCGCUUAAGCCGGAAACAUACGCCCCGGUUCUGCUCCGCCAACGUGCCAUCACUCUCUCUAAACUGACUGGCAAAGUGUAUAUCAGUAAGCUUGACAUCGAUCAAGGACGUCCGGACCUGAAAGAGUCUAUGAAGAUUUCCCUUUCUCGUCCUUUCAUCCUGCUGUUCAAGGAGCCUAUCGUCCUCAUUCUUUCCAUCUACCUCGCCAUCAUCUACGGAACCCUCUAUAUGCUUUUCGGCGCAUUCCCCAUCGUCUACGAGAUUCACCGAGGAUGGAACCAGGGUGUCUCUAGUCUUGCCUUCCUUGGAGUUAUGGUGGGUAUGCUGGGUGCGAUUGCUUACUCAAUUCCUGAAAAUAAUCGCUACGGACGUCUCCUUGUCAAAAACGGAGGCUAUGCGCCGCCCGAGGCUCGUCUUCCUCCAUGCAUGGUCGCCUCGAUCGCCCUCCCCAUCGGUCUGUUCUGGUUCGCAUGGACCAACUCGCCCUCGGUUCACUGGAUGGCCAGUAUUGCUGCCGGUGUGCCAUUCGGAUUCGGCAUGGUCCUCGUCUUUUUGUGUGUCUUCAACUAUCUGAUCGACGCCUACACCAUCUUUGCUGCCUCGGUCCUUGCUGCCAACUCUCUUCUGCGGUCGAUGUUCGGUUUCGCUUUCCCUCUCUUUACCACCUACAUGUUCGAAAACCUCGGAAUCCACUGGGCUUCCUGUGUCCCAGCCUUCCUCGCUUUGGCCUGUGUACCCUUCCCUUUCAUCCUUUACAAGAAGGGUCUAUCUAUUCGCAAACACUGCAAAUACUCUGCGCAGUCAGAAGCCUUUGUCCAGAACAUUAUCAAGACCAUGGCACAAGCCGAGGCAACCGUUGAGACGGAAGAAUCCGUGACUCGUGUUCCAACCACCUCUGAAGCCGAUGACACUGUCCAAUCUGCUGUGCAAAAGGAGAGCAAUGCCGACGUCCACUCUCUUGCUCGAUCCGUGUCGCGCGCAUCUACUACCCGUAUGUCGACGGAGAUUCAGAGGGUUGCCACGUAUGAAGCCAAUCCAUAUAAUAUCGACCGUGUUCACACUCGUGAAUCGUUCAAAUGA